CUGCUCACUGCUCACUGCUCACUGCUCUCUCUUCUUUCUCUCUCUCUCUCUCUCUUGUUUCCUCCAUUGCAAACAAAGCUUUCCUUCCACCUUUAGUACAGACCCACCAACCAUUUUCACCAAACUCUUUUUUUCUUCUCCAUUAACCCAUUACUGUGUAAUUUUAUAUACACUUUCUUGCUAUAUCAAGAUUUCUUUUUUGGAUUUUCCUCUGAUUCUUUUUUCAUAAAACGGUAUCCCUUAACCGAAUUCGUUCUGAAUCGAGGAGUUUAGCUUUUGUGGGGUAGCUUAAGUUCAAGCUCAAAUUCAUCAGUAGAAUAUAUUUAUGGCAAUUGCUUUCUGUUGUUUAUUUCACUUUCUUUCUGGUUAGUAAAAAUGGAGACUUUAUUUUUGUUUUCAUUGUUUCUUCUGUUCUAAGAUGAAGAUAAAUCAGAAGGGCAACCCCACAUUCUAAGGUGAUUAUAGUGAAGCUGUAAGAGAAGCAACUAGAUACAGAACCAGAGAUGCCACCUGAGAAUUCUUUAAACGCUGAGAUGUCAAAGAAGAUAUCUUUCUUUGGUUUGAAGGGCUUGAAGUUGUGGGUAUGGGUUUGUUUGGUAGUAGGAGUGUUCAUAGUUAUGAUCCUCUGCAUCCUGUCUCUGUGGAUCACAUUUCGACGUAAAUCUAGAAGAUCUUCAAGCAAGUUUCCUUUCAACCAAAUACCACAUGUGUCCAAAGAUAUCAGAGUCGACAGGGCUGGGUUUCAGAGUCACAAUCCUCAACCCGAGAGUUUAUAUAUCGCAAUGAAUAAUGAUAAAUCCACUGAUAGAAGUUAUGGUAAAACGAUGAUGUCUCACUUAGGAAGAACCAAGUCUAGUGAUAACGAUACUCUGAGUCAAUGCAGCUCCGUGAACCACCAUGAGAGAGCUUAUAGUUCUCAUUCCGGUGAAGAAGGAGGCUUUGGGAAACAGUAUGGAGGACUUGUAACAGCAUCUCCUUUGGUUGGUUUACCAGAGAUAUCUCAUCUUGGUUGGGGACACUGGUUUACUCUGAGGGAUCUUGAGCUAGCCACGAACCGUUUUGCUGCAGAGAAUGUGCUCGGAGAGGGUGGUUAUGGAGUUGUCCAUAGGGGUAAACUCGUUAAUGGUACCGAAGUUGCUGUAAAGAAGCUUCUGAACAAUCUAGGGCAAGCUGAGAAGGAGUUCAGGGUAGAAGUUGAGGCUAUUGGUCAUGUACGACACAAGAAUCUUGUUAGGCUUUUAGGAUAUUGCAUAGAGGGAGUUCAUCGGAUGCUAGUUUAUGAGUAUGUGAAUAGUGGUAACUUAGAACAAUGGCUACAUGGAGCUAUGAGGCAACAUGGCACUCUCACUUGGGAGGCACGGAUGAAGAUCAUUAUUGGUACUGCACAAGCGCUUGCAUAUUUACAUGAAGCAAUAGAACCGAAAGUGGUCCACAGAGAUAUAAAAGCAAGCAAUAUAUUGAUUGAUGAUGAGUUUAAUGCAAAGCUCUCUGACUUUGGGUUAGCUAAGCUCUUGGACUCGGGUGAGAGUCACAUCACAACCAGAGUCAUGGGAACCUUUGGAUACGUAGCACCAGAAUAUGCUAAUACAGGUCUGUUAAACGAAAAGAGCGAUAUAUAUAGCUUUGGUGUUUUGCUUCUUGAAGCUGUAACUGGACGAGAUCCAGUUGAUUAUGGACGUCCUGCUAAUGAGGUGAAUCUUGUUGAAUGGCUGAAGAUGAUGGUUGGAACAAGAAGAGCUGAAGAAGUUGUGGAUCCAAGACUUGAACCUAGACCGAGUAAAAGUGCUUUGAAACGUGCACUUUUGGUUUCGCUUAGAUGUGUUGAUCCUGAAGCAGAGAAACGUCCUAGAAUGAGUCAGGUUGCACGGAUGCUUGAAGCCGAUGAACACCCUUUUCGCGAGGAGAGAAGGAACAGAAGAAGCAGAACCGCGAGCGUAGAGAUUGUUGAGACCAAAGACGAAUCCCUUGGUCCUAGCGGCGAACAAGUUCGCAUUACAGAUACAAAGCUUGAGAAGACUUGUGAAUAAGAGACACAAACGCCAUUACUAGAAUGCUCUGUUUCUACUUGGCAACUAAUUGAGUUAUAUGAAUGAUGAUUUGCAAAUCAGAUGGCUUGAUAAGAAUUUUUGUCUUGUUUGUACGGAACUUAUGUCAGUCAAAGACAUGUGUUCAAGAUGCUGUAACGUAAGAGAUGGAGAGAAUUUAGUUAGCCACGUGUUUGUGGAUUGAUGACGCAAGCAGAAACAGAGCAUAACUACACAGGAAAGAGACAAUACUAAGUUCAAUUUUAG